AUGGCUGAAAUAAGUUUAGUGCCUAGGAAGUUUCUGUCCCUUCUUGAUAGUUUUAUAUUUGAUAAGCCUGCCUGUCCAGAAAAUGAAUGUAAACAGGACAAAGUGGCGGAAGAUUAUUUUGAACGAGUAGAGACUUAUUCGGCUUAUACAUGGCUAGCCAAACCACCUGCUUUGUCUCCGCUGCAAUGCGCCAGAUAUGGCUGGAAAAAUGUGGAUAUAGAUCGCCUGAAAUGUGUUACUUGUUCUGCAACGCUGACUGUAUCGCUACCACUUCCAUCGACACGCUCGCAGCCAUGUAAUCAAUGUUUCUUUUGCUCUUACAUAGUAGAUAUUACAUUGGAUUCUUCUUAUUCAGACGAAGAAGCGACGUUACUCUCAUGUAAAGAGGCUGUAGAGACAUUAAAAGAUAUUUUAGAUUGCCAAGUAAUCUUAACCGAUGUUGAUGAAGAAGCUCAGAUGAUAGCUUGUAUCUUAGCAUUUUGUGGCUGGGUGCUGAAGCCCAGCGAUAAACUCAAAUCUUCACUGCUGAUAUGCUCGAUUUGCCGAAGAAGAGCUGGUAUUUGGAAUUAUACCAUGGCAAUCAGUGACAGCUCCACUGAUAGCUUGGAACUAUCUAGCGAGAGUAUUGAAGAGCAAUCCUCGUCUUCGCCUAGCAAGCGAAGGAAAAUAGAAAAAAAAAAAUUUAAUCCUAUAGAGGAACAUCGUUACUGGUGUCCCUAUUUCAUAGUCGACGAUAAUAAUGCGGAAAGUAGAGAAGACGUGGAAAGGAGUUUAGGAAAUGUCCACCAGGACAACAAUAAUGAUACAGCCGGAUUAAAGAGUAUGCUUAGUUAUCUAUUUCCGAAACGCCACAGCCGCACUACUGAUCCAAAUUUAAAUUCUUGUUCCGCCAAAUCCCUAAGAAUUUCAACGAUCCCACAUCAAGAUCUCUGUAGUAGAUCCUAUAUUAUUAUGAGUUUGGAAGAAGAAGUCUAG